CGUGGAGUUCCUGGGGCCCUGCGAGCAGGAGGAGCGCAGGAACUCGGGCCCCGAGUCCAUCCUGCUGGUGUCGCCCACCUGGCCCAAGCAGCUGGUGCCGGCCAUUCCCAUCUGCAGCAUCCCAGUGACCGCGUCCCUUCCGCCCCUCGAGUGGCCACUCUCCAAUCAGUCGGGCUCCUAUGAGCUGCGGAUUGAGGUGCAGCCCAAGCCACAUCACCGGGCCCACUAUGAGACGGAGGGCAGCCGAGGGGCCGUCAAAGCCCCCACAGGAGGCCACCCUGUGGUUCAGCUGCACGGCUACAUGGAGAACAAGCCGCUGGGGCUCCAGAUCUUCAUUGGGACGGCCGACGAGCGGAUCCUCAAGCCGCACGCCUUCUACCAGGUGCACCGGAUCACGGGGAAGACCGUCACCACCACCAGCUACGAAAAGAUCGUGGGCAACACCAAGGUCCUGGAGAUCCCCCUGGAACCCAAGAACAACAUGCGGGCAACCAUCGACUGCGCGGGGAUCCUGAAGCUGCGCAAUGCGGACAUCGAGCUGCGCAAGGGCGAGACGGACAUCGGCAGGAAGAACACGCGCGUGCGCCUGGUGUUCCGCGUGCACAUCCCCGAGGCCAGCGGCCGCAUCGUCUCCCUGCAGACGGCGUCCAACCCCAUUGAGUGCUCCCAGCGGUCCGCCCACGAGCUGCCCAUGGUGGAGAGACAGGACAUCGACAGCUGCCUGGUCUACGGGGGCCAGCAGAUGAUCCUCACGGGCCAGAACUUCACGGCCGAGUCCAAGGUCGUGUUCACGGAGAAGACCACAGAUGGGCAGCAGGUCUGGGAGAUGGAAGCCUCCGUGGAUAAAGACAAGAGCCAGCCCAACAUGCUUUUUGUCGAGAUCCCCGAGUAUCGGAACAAGCAAAUCCGCACCUCCGUGAAGGUGAACUUCUACGUCAUCAACGGGAAAAGAAAACGAAGCCAGCCUCAGCACUUCACCUACCACCCAGUCCCGGCCAUCAAGACGGAGCCCACCGAUGAGUACGACCCCUCUCUGAUCUGCAGCCCCGCCCCCGGGGGCCUGGGGAGCCAGUCUUAUUACCCACAGCACCCCAUGGUGGCCGAGUCCCCCUCCUGCCUCGUGGCCACCAUGGCUCCCUGCCAGCAGUUCCGCUCAGGGCUCUCGUCCCCUGAUGCCCGCUACCAACAGCAGAACCCAGCGGCCGUCCUCUACCAGCGGAGCAAGAGCCUGAGCCCCAGCCUGCUGAGCUACCAGCAGCCCACCCUCAUGGCCGCACCCCUGUCCCUCGCGGACGCCCACCGCUCCGUGCUGGUGCAUGCCGGCUCCCCGGGGCAGAGCUCGGCCCUGCUCCACCCCUCCCCGGCCAGCCAGCAGGCCCCGCCGGUGAUCCACUACUCGCCCACCAACCAGCCGCUGCGCUGCGGGAGCCACCAGGAGUUCCAGCACAUCAUGUACUGCGAGAACUUCCCGCCAGGCGCUGCCCGGCCCGGCCCGCCUCCCGUCAGUCAAGGGCAGAGGCUGAGCCCGGGCUCCUACCCCACCGUGAUCCAGCAGCAGAAUGCCACCAGCCAAAGAGCCGCCAAAAACGGACCCCCAGUCAGUGACCAAAAGGAAGUAUUACCUGCGGGAGUGACCAUUAAACAGGAGCAGAACUUGGACCAGGCCUACUUGGACGAUGUCAAUGAAAUCAUCAGGAAGGAGUUUUCUGGACCUCCCUCCAGAAACCAGACGUAGAAGCAGCCAUCAUCGCAAGACGUUCAUGCCUCGGACCCCCACUUGGAGCCCUCGCCGCCCUCGCUUCUGUCCCUUGCUGUUCAUCUCCUGGCCAGAGGCCCCACGGGAGCCACGCUCGGGCCAGCUGCUGGCACAGGAGCUUGCUCCUCUCUCUGGAAACGCCAGAGCACCUCUUCCUUUUGAAUUUCGAGUCCCAAAGACCCUCCCGGUUGACCUUCACAGUGACCCAUCUGGGUAUCAAGUGCCUGCUGACCAGGACCACAUUGGGAAUGUGGCGGGAAGCUGGAACUGGCCCGAGACCGGCGUGGCUGGAGUUGGAGGGGAAGGGCCCCUGCGUUCACUUUUCCAGGUUCUGGGAACAGCUCCUGGCUCUUUUGAGGGAGACGGGGCCUCAGAGCCACCAAGGGGAUGUGGCCGCCGAGUCCAGCUGACGGACCCCCCACCCUCGAGGCUGAGGCCGAGACUGGACCGUUGUCCAUGGUGCUCUCCUCACCGUGGGCCACAGCGGGAGCUUUAUUUUGGAAUUUUCUCCUUCCAAAGCAAACUGCCUUGCCCAGACUAGAUCCCCAGUCACGACGGCUCGGUGUUGGCGUGUACACGUUUGUUGUUAUUAUUCUAUGCUUCAGAGAGCUGGCCAAGGAGGCUGGGGGCUGAGCCUUCUCGGCCAGUAGCUCUCUCCCCCUGCUGCCCACAGCCAGCGCUGAUGCCGAGUGUCCCGGAGGGGGCGCUGCCCGGCCUGCUGCCACUGUCCACUGUGCUCCUCGAGAGUCCUCCCCGUGUUCCUCCCGGCCAGCACUCUCAUGGAGUAUCUAGGAGAGCCUCAGGCCUGCGUAUUGAAUGUCAGGGACGAGGUGGAAGGGCCACAGCAGCAAGAAGAAAAAAAAAGUGCAAGAUUUUCGUUCAAAACACCCAAGUGCAAGAUCAAAAAAGGGUUGGAUUCCCUCUCUGCUCCAAACUCAAGAGUCAAACAGGGAGCCUCAGGCGCUGGCCCCCAGGAUCAUGGGUGGCUUUUACCCGAGUCCAUUUAAAGUUCCCCUCAACCCCAAAGUGCUGGCCCUAGCACCCCUCCUGCAUGAGCAGAGCGUCCAACAGCAGCAGGUCUGUGUGAUCCCCAGCUGCACAAGGCCCUGCACAGGUCGCUCCUUGGGUGCCGUUUCUGCAAAUGAAACCCUGGGCUUUCUUGGCAGGUGGUCAUCACACAUGACUGCAUGCGUCGCAGGCACCCAGGACAAGCUGGGCAUUCUCUCUCGGCCGUUCAGUUGAUUCCUUAGCCAUCAAACAUGAGGUGAAAAUAUCCUCAGCCUGUACUCGAAGGAGUUUCUCAGUCCAGUCUGCUAGGGGAGGCCUAGGAGGAGAGCCCGGCUGUUAAACAUGCACAGUGGCUUUUCUAAGUCCCUGCCGUCUUGUCCGGGCUAGCCAUGGGCGAGCCUUCCCGAGAGCCGGGCCCGGCAUGGCUGGUGCGCUCCACAGAGGAUGAACACCCAGUUCUGCUCUCUGCACCCAGGGGUGUGGACCUUCUAGGUUGAUGCGUAGCAUUUAUUUCCCCUACGAGCAGCAGACCCCAUCACCCACCCCCCGCGGAGUCGGGCAGAGUCCCUUUGAUGCGCAGAGUGCCAGGAAGAAGCCGAGCACCGCCACAGAGCUUCUGCGAUGCCGAAUUCUUCCUCAUUAACAAAGAAAAGUCCCCUCUAGCAGCUUUACCUAAGGGAGUCCCUCUCCAGCAGUACUUACUUUGCUGGGGCAGAGUUUCAAGGGCUGGCUGAGUGGUCUGCUGUCACUUGGCCUGGCUGGGAGCCAUUUUUUGCACAUGAGGGAAUCAAGCUUCUCCUCAGUUGUCUGAAUGUUUCACCCAAGUGCCUUCCUGCAAUUGUCACAAAGGAGCUCGGCUUCCCCGUCCAUGGGGCGAGAGAGGGACUAACACAUUUUCCAGCCACCCUCUCACCAAAAAGGGCUUCCUGGCAGCUCAGACGUGCAUGUGUGCGCGAUGCACAAAUAACGCCCCCCCCCCCCCCAGGACUGCUGGAGACAAAGCAUUUUCAUAGCAACUGAACCGAACAGCAAAGGAAAGGAAGCGUUUGUCUAGAGACACAAGCAGGCCAGAGAAAGUGUAUCCGGAACCGACGGCUUCAAAGGCUUUGUCCGUCGUCGUCAAUGCCAGGAGGAAGCUCGGCCGAGAGCAAAUCGUGCGAGAAAUAUUUUCAGCAAGGGAAGAGGCAGUAAGAUCCUCCAAGAGGACGAGACAGUAAGGGCGGCUAAAUGGGAAAGAUGGGUAUGUCGCAGGUGUCAGAGGGACCCCAGUCAAGUCGAGGUCUGUACGUGCCCCAUCACGGCCACGUGCGUUAUGUUGCGCUGGCAAAUCCGCCAGGUUGCUGAAUGUACUGUUCUUCUAAAGUUUGCAAGUCUUCCCGCGUUAUACAGAAAUACUGCUGCUUGAUAAUAUAUAUGGCAAUCCAGAUUAAUUAGUAUGUUAUUAAAUUUUAUUUUCUUACCUGUAUUUUUAUGCUUUUUUUUAAUCUGCCCUCAAAAUAUUGCAUUCCUGAAUUAGAAAAUAUUUAUAAAUGGUCAGAAAUCUUUUUAAGUGUCUCUUUUUACAUAUAUGUUGAUUAUUUUUCUGUAAGAGAAAUGGUGUAUUCUUGAAAACUUUUUGUAAAUCAUUCCAGGAAAGAAACCAAAAUCCCCACAUCUGGGCCUGGUGGGUGCUUAGGGUAGCAGGAGCCAGCACCUCAGACUAAGAAAGGGGACGGUUCUGGGGAAGAAGAAUCCGUCCUGUUCUUGGCUGAGAGUAGUGCUUGCUUUCUGCAGGCCGAGCCUGGGUUUUGUCACCAAGAAUUGUAAAUAAACGAUCUAGAAGGUGAUUUUUUUUUUAUUUUUAAAGCAACGACAGAACCCUGCCUGCGUAGUAAUGGAAUCCAGAGAGUUCCUACUGACAGGACCCCAGGUGCAGGCUGAACUGGACAGAGCUGACCAAAUCGGAGUCCUGAGAGGUGACCCCAUAUGCAUUAUCCACAGGACCUCCGCAGUUUUCCCACACGGACGUCGCCAAGGACAAACAGAGCCGCUCCCCCCAGGAACGCUGGAGCGCUGCUCUGCAGACCUGCAUCCAGCAGCCAAGACAUCUGUCUCAGCGGGCCAGCCUCGGCCAGGGCGGGAGCUGUCACGCGGGCCAUUGGAAGCUGAUGUGUUCCGAUUGUCACUCGGGACUGAAAAAGAGGCUGUUUAUUUUCAUGUCACAAAAACCACUCUCCACGUGCUUCCUGUUGUUUGGGAUUGAGGGGCUGCCGGAGGUCCACUUGACAACUGCGCUCAUUUCUCACUGACAAGUGGCACGGGGGUGGUGACGUUCUCGACAAGACGGGUCACCAUUCCCGAACUCGUGUGCCGGAGGGACAGCCCUUCAGGGACCCGACACGUCUUGACCUCAGGUCUCCCAAACGGGGGACGUGGGCACCAUACCAGUUUGUCACACAGCCCAGCCACAUGCUUAGAGGAAAGCAGUGUCCGACCCUCAGCUCUCCUGGGGCCCUCAAGUUAUAGCAUGACUGUCUUAAUUCACUUUCAAAACAAAAACAAAACAAAAAAUAACUUUGAUGAUUGGCAAGAAGGGUGCUUCCCAAGCUAAGCCCCCCCAAAAACGCAGUAUGGCCCUGGGACUGUGUUCACCGCUGUCCUCCUGCAGCCGCGGGCAGGCUCGGCUCCCCUGCCAGGUCGGGGCUGGGCGGGGCUGGGAUGCAGAGGACACUGCUGCGUGUGAGCAGACGCGCCCAGCGUGGCGGCUGGCCUGAGCAGAGGUGGCCGAGGGCCCAGCAGUCCAGCUUCUGGACACCCUGGCCGAGAACCUCACUGGCCGCCAUGGCUCCUGCAGCUCCCGGGGGAGAAGGCGUGGGGUCGUAAUGGGGUUCCCCAGACAUCAGCGGCCCCGGCAGCGCCGUGCUGGAAGGUUUGAGAAUCCCGACUGGUCCAGGGGUUAGAAUACAUCACAUUCCUAUGCAAAAUGGUUUUUAACCUGCAGUUUCAUGUAGUUUAUUUUUGCUAUAUGUAAAGUAUUUUUAUACGGCUUGUAUUAUGAUAGUUGAGCAAUAAAAUGGUUGAAAGCA